AUGGAUUUUGUUAAACCUUUUAUCCCUCAACUUCAAGAAUGGACUGGAUUAAACUUUAAAGAGAUUUUAUUUGAUUCUAAUAUUCAUGAAAUGAAUGCACAAACAAUUAAUUCUAAAAUUGUAUAUCAUCGUUGUAUUUGUUAUAUUGUUCAAUCAGGAGAAUAUGUGUUUGGUUCAUUUAUUGGUGAAACUGUUCCUUAUGCUGAAGAAAAAAUGUCUAAUGCAAUAGAAAAUGAUUGGAAACAUUUUAUUUUUACUUUAAAUAACCCACAACAUCAAAUCAUUAAAAUUGAACCUCAAUACCAUGAAGACUUUACCUCAUUAUUUGUGUAUGGAACUUUAAAUAAAAGAAAUGUUAUUUCUACUCCAAAUGCAUUUUUUAUUAAUCCAGGAAAUAAUUGUUAUAUAACAAAGAACAUUUUUGAUUAUUAUAUUCAACCUGAACAUCUAACCAAUGAAAUUUUUGUUGGGUGUUGUCAACCAAAAAGAUUUACAGCUGAUCGACUUGUUGUAGUUGAGAUGAUUGAAAAAGAAUAA